AUGGCGAGUCAACCAGGGUUAUGGAAGAAGCGCGUACUCAUACCGUUCUGGUGUCUGCGUAUCUGCAUCAUGAUAUUCCUGAUAGGGAUUUACGCCAUUGCCCUUCACGCAGUCAAUAGUGUUGGAGAGUUUGUGAAACCAGUUAUCGCGAGCAUUGUAGUCUUCCUCCUAUUCAUCGUCAUUUGUCUUCUUAUCGAUAUCCUCGCCAUUGUGCUUUUCUUGCGCGACGCCUUGAAACCCGGGACAUUCCUGAUCAUGAACUGCUUUCAGACUGGUUUUUUCGGGGGCGUUUUGAUCAUGGAUCUUGUGGCUGUCGCGAGAGGAACGAGCUCAGAAGGCAUCGGGGGUAGCAUCUUCGUCUUCCUCACAUUCGUCGGUCUCCUCAUCUACUCUGCCGUCGGCUACCACCGCGCGAAAAAGCAAGCUCAACGAGGCAACUACGCUGUAGCGUACAAUCCCACCGUACCUACCGCAUAUGCACCGCCGCACUUAGACGCCCCGCCAUAUCAACUGCACACUGCAUAUCAUUCGCAGACGGCCGCGCCUGUCGAGCUUCAAAACAGCCACUAUCUGCCACCAUACCAAGCACACGGCGCAACGACCGAUUCCUACAAUCAGGGGCAGAUGAAGCCAGCGCAUAUAUAG